AUGCAGGAGCAUUGUCGGGUAGAACACAGAUGGGAGAAUGAUUGGCACAAGGGGGGUGAUGUUCGCAAGAAAGCCACCGCAGUCAGGGAUUUACCGUGGACAACAGGGGUGCCGUGCCAGCGGUUUUUCUUAACACGGGCCGCGAGCGGAUGGUUCGAGGUGGCCCAGGGACAGAUAGCCGACGAGUCUCUGCAAGGCGCUCCGAGUAGAAGCCCGGCUCAACAGGCGGUGGACCGCGUUCGAGAUCUCCGGAAAGUCCAAGCAGAACGUGUGAAGACGAGUCACGAUGAGCUGAUCCGCGUCGCCAACGAAAGACUCGAGCCCAGCCCGUGGCUGGCCCGUGUAGGAUGGGCGGUGCACUUAAAAGGGCUCAGUGCCAGCGCACUCUUUAACACAACAGCUCCCAUCAAUGAAGAUGAGGUCGUGCUUCAGGCGAUGUGGGCGACGGUCGACCGCGUGCUGGACCAGGCUCGAGCAACGUCUGCUCCCAAUACCGUCGGGCUGGCCGUGCUGUUCGAGGCGCAGCGUACAGAAGCGCACGUCAAACCAAGGAGGCCGUUCGACAACCGCAUGGAGGACGACACGUGGGCGAGAUAUAAGGGCGUGUGGCUAAGUCUGUUGUGCGUCUGGUUCCGCACGCAGGAAAUGGACGACGACAAGCGGCCGCCGUAUAAACUGACGUCGUCACAGGGAGAGGCGUGGGACUUUUUCGAGCAGAUGGCGGAAGCAGCCAGCACGGGGACGGGGCAUCAAACGCAGGAGAAGCUGGAACGCGCAGCACUCGACAUGCUCAUCAGCAUGCUGGACCACCAGCUGAAGGGCGGAGACUACAGCAGUGCUCUUCUCAGCGCUCUCGCGGUGAUGGGUAUUGCCGAGAAUGGCGGCUGGGUUCAGAUCACGGACUACACGACGAAGUACUCAGCCGUCAUCAAGAUAGCGCGCAUGUUAGUGAUCCAUCAGGCUUACGUUGAGCGCCACGACGAGGUUGCCGAGCUGGGAAAGUCUCUGGGUAACGAUGAAGUAGAGGACGCAGCGCAGAGUUUGUUCCAGCACACGCGGGCAAAAGUGCGGCGGUUCAUGACGCGGACGACGGGCGACAAGGAUGCGGAGCCGACACCGAUGGACUGGAUUCUCGAGACGCGGACGUACGGGAUGCACAUCCAAUAUAACACAGCAGCGGCUGGUGUCAUCGACUGGGUCGGUGAUCGCGUGUCAUACAGGCGGGUACGGUUCACGAUGGGGCAGCUGUCGGACGCACUACAUGAGCUGGUCCGAGAGACGCGGGAGCUGCUCGCAGAGCUGACGGCGACGGAGGAUUCGGGUUCGGCAGACGGUCCCGAAAGCGAUGUUCAGUCACAACUGCCAGCCAUCCCAUGGUCGUCAAUCGAAGACGACCACAGCGAGACAAAGCCCGGGUACUCGUUUCUCGCCGACGACCGCAACAGCUGGGUUUCUGCCGGGGACGGAUGGCUGUUCAUGCGGCUGGCGCGGUCACCCGCCGCUGCAGAACGCUGGGGACUGAGCAGCAGCAUGGGCAACGGUCGCGGGGCGACAGACCGGCCAUUCCAGCCGUCAGCCGUGCAGGAGUUUGGUAGGACGUUUGAACGACUCCGCGAGCGACUGUGGAUGCUUCUGCACAUGCUCGGCGGACAGCCGGCGCGGGCGAGCGAGCUUGCAGGUCUGCGGACGGUCAACACGGUCAACGGGGGCGUCCGCAACAUCAUGGUGCACGACAAAAUGUUGUGCUUCAUCACAGCGUACCACAAAGGUUACCGGACGACCGGGCAGGCGAAGGUGAUCCACCGAUAUCUCCCGAGGGAGGUCGGCGAGCUUAUCAUAUGGUAUCUUUGGCUCAUCUUGCCGUUCUGGCAGGAGGUGCAGGGCAUCAUGCACGAGGCCAGCGGGUACAGCGCGUUCAUAUGGGCAGACGACAUCAUCCGGCAGAGGGACUCGGAAGCCAGCAGCGCGGCGGCAGGAUUAGAAGAGCAAAGUGGCAAUAACAUGGAUAUCGGGGAUGGCAACAAUCACAGUACAAAUGAAGAUGAGGCUGGUGAUGAGAGCACAAGUGUGGGCGACUGGACGUGGAAAGAGGAGCGAACGUGGACGACAGACAGAGCGCGGCGGAUCAUGCAGCGGACCAGCAUGAGACUGCUGGGAUGCCAGGUCAACGCCAGCAUGUGGCGACACAUCGCCAUCGGCAUCGCCAACCGCUACUUGAACGAGUCGUUCGGCCGGCCGGGCGGAGACGAUGACGGCGUGGGAUCGGAAGAGGGGACGGACGGGGUCGAGGACAGCCCGUGGGACUUGCAGGCGGGGCACAGCACGCGGAUGGCGGGCAUGAUCUACGCGCGAGAGCUCAUGCAGUUCGGCAGCGGUCUCGCGGCGAGGCAGCAACAGUUCCGCCGAGUCAGCCGUCAGUGGCACAGGUUUCUGGGCUUCGGCGCCGAGGAUUCGGAGUCGAAAUGGGGUUCCGCGGGCUGCAAGAGGAAAAAGACGGAGGCGUACGAAGGGCCACGGCUCGCAGCCAGGCUCCGACGAUUUGAGAAGCUGAGGAGAAUCGACUUGGAGGGCCAGCUGCGGCAGAUGACGGGGGACGACUCGGCGAUGUUCCGCGGAAACCAGAGAGAAGCGGUGCUCGCCAUCACCAGCGGGCACACGCCGAUCGUGCAGGUGAUGGGGACGGGCGGUGGCAAGAGCGUCUCGUUCAUGCUGCCGGCAUUCUGCUAA